AUGUCCCAACCACCCUCAUCUUCUCCGCUGGAGAACAACAACAGCGCCCCGAUUCCCCGGGUCCAUUCCCCUGGACCCUUGGGCCUCCGUCACCGUGGCAUAACCCGCUCCGCAACUUCUGCUGAGGCUUCGACUCGUUUUCUCAACCAGCGACGCAAUUCCACCCUUUCAGAUACGGUAUCAGAGGCCCGGAACUCAAUUCGAUCUUCCACAGACGAUCUCUUCUUUCCCCGCGUAGUCAAGCGAGACGAUGCGAACUUACCAACUGAGGAGUCGCACUGGCAUUCCGCGCCGCUGGGCCUUGCGUUGUUACCCGCCAUUGCGGGAAUCUUUUUCCAGAACGGUAGCGCCGUAGUCACCGAUAUCACUUUAUUAGUGCUGGCAGCCAUCUUCUUGAACUGGUCGGUACGAUUGCCAUGGGACUGGUAUCGCUCUGCUCAGGCAACCCGCCAUCACACCAAGUUCUAUGAUGCUGCCGAGGUUCCGUUGGGUUUUGAUAUCGAAGACCGUAAAACAACACCAUCAAAAUCUCCAGAAGCGCAACACGAAGCAGCUCCAAAAAGAGAGCAGUCCACAUCCCACGCCGCCAAUGCAGCGAGCAAGGAGCUACAAAUCCACGAACUGGUGGCUCUCGCAUCGUGUUUCGUCUUUCCCGUCAUAGGAACGUGGCUUCUGCACACCAUCCGCUCCAAACUAUCGCGCCCCUCGGAGGGCCUGGUAUCAAACUAUAACCUGACCAUCUUCCUCCUGGCAUCCGAGAUUCGGCCCUUUUCCCACCUUUUGAAAAUGGUGCAGGCACGCACCCUGCAUCUACAACGUGUCGUUGCCUCGUCGUACGAGGACGAAAAGGAGAAGAUCGAUGCAAGCCACUGCGGAUAUUCGGAAAGCCUUCCAGCCUGA